UAUUGACGAAAUGUGCGAAGACGACAUUGUCUUCCAAACCAAACAUUGUACAGCCGUUCCAGAGUUUUCCAGGACAGGAAUUAAAGCUGCGUAAAUAUACUCUUGCAUAACUGCAGUUUCUAGUAGAAUUUCAUCAUAUUCUCUCAGAAACCAUAAGCCCAGUUGAGAAUUAGAUACGAACCAAAGAAGUUAUUAAAAUGCUUGCUGCAAGAUUGUGCGGUGCUAUGAGGAACAGUGGCGGCCUGCUCAGGCAGGGAAUUGGGGCGGGCCAGCUCCGUGUCUACAGCCAGGAUGCCAGGGGGGCGUUCUCCCGUCAAGCCGCUAGAAGAAAAACUCUUAAAGAGACUGCAACAGCUCCUGCAUCUGGUUCUGCUAUAUCCGCAGGACAGGGUGCUCUAGCUGGAGCUGCAGUCCUUGGUCUUGGAGGACUGGCCUUCUACGGUCUGGGGUUCAGUGGUGAGCUAGGAGCAGUAGACAAACAAGUUCUCUGGCCGACAUAUGUGAAGGAAAGAAUUAGGGAUACAUACAUGUAUUUCGGCAGCAGUAUACUCGUAACUGCUGGUACAGCUGCAGCAGUAUUCAGGUCCCCUGCAGCCAUGAAUAUCGUCGGAAGACAAGGUUGGCUUGCGCUGGGAGUAUCCAUUGCUGCUAUGAUUGGUAGUGGAAUGCUGGCCAGAUCCAUCCCAUAUCAAGGAGCUCCCAGUGCUAAGCAGGCAGCCUGGCUCCUACACUGUGCAGUUAUCGGAGCUGUAAUUGCGCCAAUCUGUUUUCUAGGAGGCCCUAUCCUGACCCGUGCUGCGUGGUAUACUGCUGGUAUGGUUGGAGGAUUAUCUACUGUAGCAGUGUGUGCUCCUAGUGAUAAGUUCCUAACCUGGGGUGGACCUCUAGCUAUGGGUCUGGGAAUAGUGUUCUGUGCUAGUCUAGGAACAAUGUUCCUUCCACCAACCACUGCUUUAGGAUCAGGUUUAUACAGUGUUGCAAUCUAUGGAGGAUUAAUCCUGUUCGGAGCUUUUCUUCUCUACGAUACACAGAAGAUCAUAAACAAGGCGGAGAGACACCCUGUCGGAUAUGGAGCACCUCCGUUUGAUCCUGUCAACGCUAGUAUUGGAAUCUACAUGGAUACCAUCAAUAUUUUCAUCAGAAUUGCUCAAAUUUUGGGAAUGGGUGGAAACAGGAGGAAGUGAAAGUACUCGAGAUUUUCACCAUCGAGAGCUGGAAACGGAGAAGUUGGGAGGAAGCAAAUUCAUUCUUUAAACAUUUCAUAUAUUAUAAAUUCACGUUUAUUUAGUUUCCGUUUAAUAUUAUUUAGCUCACAGUUUUACCUAAAAUAAAUAUUAAAUGUGCUUUUAGGGAACAAUGUUUUGUGUCAAAUAAAAAAGUUUAAUAAGUA